CUUGUGGCAGGCAGGAAGGCCAUUGUAGUCCAAAACCCAGGCAUUCAUUCAGAGCCUAUUGCAAUCAACUCCGUCUGGGCCUGGAACUGGAUAGGCUUUGCUGCUCAACCUCACUCCGCAUCAGAUUCAAAUCCGUCUCAAAAUGGCAGACAGGCGGCGGAUCAACGGUCCCGUUGGCAGCACCUUGACCCCGGUCUUUGCUGGCGACGAGAGCACAGUCUUGUCUGAAAAGCCAGCAGGCAGGACGAGGCCCGUCAAUACGGCCCGGCCCAUAUUCCUCAAGACUGGUGUCACCCCUUCAGCAUCGGGCUCUGCAUACCUCGAAGUGCAGACAUCAGCAAAGCCCGGAGUCUCCGGCCUCAAGCUGAGCUGUACAGUACAUGGACCGAGGGCGCUGCCGAGAUCAAUGCCCUUCUCACCACACAUCAUCCUCACCACUCAUGUCAAGUACGCGCCCUUUGCAACGAAGCAGAGGAGGGGCUAUCUGAGAGACUCAACCGAGCGGGAUCUCAGUAUUCAUCUCGAGACAGCACUACGAGGGGCCAUCAUCGCAGAUCGCUGGCCCAAGAGCGGCGUCGACAUUAUCAUCUCUGUCAUAGAAGGCGACCAGGACCGCAGCCUCAGCCUUGGUGCUCACGACGAGGCUUGGGACACGAUGAAUGUCUUGGCAGGAUGCAUCACGGUCGCAUCGGCAGCCCUGGCUGAUGCAGGCAUCGAUUGUGUCGAUACCGUCGCAGGGGGCGUGGCAGCCCUGGUGGGCGGCGGUGAGGGCAAAGAUACGGAACCCGAGGUGGUCGUCGACCCGCUAGCCUCGCAACACGACAAAGUGCUCGCAGCAUGUUGUGUCGCGUACCUACCAGAACGGGGCGAGAUCACAAACCUGUGGUUCAAGGGAGAUUUGCCUGCAGCAGAUGCCACCCUCUACACAGGGAUGAUUGAAAAGGGCAUCCUCGCCUCUCAAAGCGCUAACCGCGUUCUGGCCCUGGGAUUGCCGAACACGACAUGGGCAACAGCAAAUACCUAACCAGGCCGAGGACAAGAAGAGUCUUCACCGCGGUACAGAAGCUUUGAGUGGCUCAAUGAGACGUCAGUCCAUUGACGGUCAGGCAGCAGACCUUGCAAUAGCCGUCUUGAGCCACGGAAAAAGUUCGGCGGCCUCCCGCACCAGCCUGUGGCCUGGCAUCUCAAGUACAGGUUUGUCUUGUUGGGUCUUUGCGCACGUCCUUACGCCGUCACCCAAAAGCGAAUGAUUUGUGCUCAGGUUUCGUUGAAGCAGGAAAUCCGACACGAGAGACAAGGUAGAAUAGGGAGGGGUGGUGGUAGCUGUGGAGAUGUGGCGGAAGGUGGUCAAGUCUCCAAGUCUUGGUCACCUACCUACUUUGUAGGUGCCCAAGUACCUAGGUAGUUGAGGAGGUAUACUUGCUCAACCUGGCCGGUUGGAUUUUAGGAUCUGGUAUGGCCAUAACCCUCACUUCAGGGGCCGGUACGGAGUAAACCAAUCUCAACCUAUGAUCCUGCAAA